GUGUGGCGGAAAUAAAAGGCAAGAUUCCGGCUUUGUGCAGCAACAUGAUCAGCAAUCGGCUCAACCUUCGACUGGUGCGAACUGCAGCGGUCCGCCUGAGGCGGUACUACACCGAGGGUAACAUUCUCAAGCUGCAGGAUCGCGGAUUCUUUCAGGAUGUCUUUCCAGCGGAAUCCAUUGAUAAGGCCCGCAGUGUGCUCGGUGCUUCUCCGCAGACAAUUUACGCCGGCUUUGAUCCCACAGCAGACAGCCUACACGUAGGAAAUCUGCUUGUUCUCGUUGGGCUGCUGCACAGCCAGCGGGCCGGACACCAAGCGAUUGCUCUUCUCGGUGGAGCCACGGGACAAAUCGGCGAUCCAAGUGGACGCAGCACCGAGCGCAAAGCGAUGCAACUGGAUACGCUAAGUCACAACCUGGAUCGAAUUGGGGCACAGAUUCGACGCAUUUUCGAAAACCAUCGCCGUUUGCUGUGGGAGAAGCGCGGACAAAAUGCUUCGCUUAAACCCGUUCUAGUGGUAAACAAUGCUGAAUGGUAUCGAACGCUAAAUUUUGUGGAAUUCGUUUCCACUGUCGGACGGCACUUCCGAAUGGGCGCGAUGCUCUCGCGGGCUUCCGUUCAAAGCCGAUUGCAGAAUGAAAACGGAAUGAGCUUUACAGAGUUUACUUAUCAGAUUUUCCAAGCGUACGAUUGGGUGCAUUUGCUGCGAGCUCACAACUGUCGGUUUCAAUUAGGUGGUAGUGACCAAAUGGGUAACAUUAUGUCUGGCCAUGAACUUAUCUCGCGGGUGGAACGAAAAGCGGAAGUCUUUGGAAUGACCAUACCACUGAUAACCAACGAAGAAGGAGAUAAAUUUGGCAAAUCCGCUGGCAAUGCGAUUUGGCUAACAGAGGAGAAAACUUCGCCAUACGCGUUGUACCAAUUUUUUAUACGAACACCUGACUCUGAGGUAGAGAAGUUGCUUAAACUGCUAACGUUUUUGCAUUUAGACGAAAUUCGAAGCAUAAUGGCUAGACAUCGGCGAACGCCAGAACUGUGGGAAGCACAAAAGCGGCUAGCUCAAGAGCUGACACUGCUUGUUCAUGGUGAGGAAGGCCUCCAGCAAGCGGAGAACAUUAGCGCGGCUUUGUACAGUGGACAGGUGGAAGCGUUGGGUGAACUUGCGGUGCGGGAUAUCGCGGGAACUUUCGGCGGUGCUCCGCUGGUGGAAAUUCUCCCCGAACCAGGAAUUACCGUGCUUGAUGUAGCAAUGAGGGCGAAAUGUUUUCCCACGGAAAAGGAUGCGGUGCGGAUCAUUCAAGCCGGAGGCUUCUCGAUCAAUCUGAACAAAGCGAAAAACGUGUCCGAGGUGCUGACGCCGGGUGUUCACAUUCUGAAGAAUAAUGUUUCGCUGCUACGCGUCGGUAAGCGAAACUACUACAUUGUUAGGUGGCUGGUUUAGAUUGUUU